GUUCUCUUCCGCUUAGCAGACAUUUCAGGGUUUCUGCCCCUGGUAGGAGCUACUGGUAUGAUACACUGGAUAAUUCGCUUCCUGUUAUUGAUAGCAGGUUUAAUUCAGCAUUUAAUUUUCUGCACUCUGGGUUUUACUGAAAAAAAAAAGAUGACAUUCCUCCACCCACUUUCUAAUUCCUCUCCAUUUCAUCUGUUUAUCUUGAAAAUGCAUCAAUCCAUAUUGAAUUUUUUAUUUAUUUUUUUCAGCAGUUCCACUCAAACACACAGUUAUUUGCUUAAAGAAUAAAUGUCCACAUAUUUUUCUAAUGAUUCAACUUAAAAAAGACCAGGAAAUAUUGAUAUUUUUCAAGUAUAAUUUCAACUGAUGCUCCUCAUUGAUAAAGAAAUAGUCGAGGGGAUUUACAUCAAAGCAGUUUCACAGAGCCGUGUUGGAAAACUUGAUGCACAUGUUCACUGUUGACUAGUGCACCACAUGCCCUUUUCCUCCCCGUCACACCCAACUUCAUUACCAUCCUAAGUGGGCAGUGAGUGAAAAAUAACAAUCGUACAUGAUCUGAUCACUAUUUCACAUCCUAGCGCAAAGGCCAGGGAGUGGACUUGACCCUGCCUGGUCACUAACAGUACAGCGUUAGCUAAUAAAGAGCAUGCAGCCAUAGUUCCAUGAAUGUCUGUCAUAAUCCACUUUUGAAAUAUGUCAAAACUAAGCGUGAGUUUCAAGGCUGUCUGAGACAUUCUUUAUUGCCCCAUAAAAACUCAGAGGUGAUCUAAAGGACCGUUAGUCUCAUCGUGUGCUACCCAGAGAGAAGCAGAGAGUGCAGCUGUUCUGGACAUUGAAAACCCAGUAUUUUGUACAACAUGAGAGCGGCAUCUUACACCCAAAAGAGCCUGCAGGUUAGCGGCUCCGGCAGCAGAGUCAGAGUGCAGAGCCCGUCACCCUCCCGAUGCCGUGGAUCCUCAUACGACAGCCGUGGACGCUCUGGUUUCCGGGGCACUGCCAUCGAAUUGGGCACAGAGAUACACCAGCACCAUGCCAACGAGAAGGAGGAAAUGCAGGAGCUAAAUGUCAAGUUUGCUGGAUACAUCGACAAAGUGCAGGCACUAGAACAGAGAAAUGCUGCCCUACAAGCUGAGCUGGCUGCACUGCAGGGUCGCUACAAGGGAGGACCAACUGGCAUUGCUGAAGAAUAUGAGCUCAAGUUUAAAGAGGUGCGCGAUCUGAUUGAGGCCCUUACAAAUGAGAAGGGAGCUGCUGAUAUAGAACGAGGCUACAUUGAGGAAGAGGUUGAAGUGUGGAGACUUAAGCUGGAGGAGGAGCUCGCACUCAAAGAAGAAGCUGAAAUGAUCCUGAGGGAGUUUCGCCAAGAUGUUGACAAUGCCACACUGCAGAAAGCUGAGCUGGAGAAGCGCAUUGAACAGCUGGUUGCUGAGAUUGAGUUCCUCAAGAAGCUGCACGAUGAAGAGGUGGCUGAUAUUAUGAAGCAGAUUGAGGACUCAAAGAUCACUGCUGAGAUGGAUGGCGAUAGACCUGACCUGGCUGCCUAUCUGCGUAACAUGCGUGCAGAAAUAGAGUCUGUUGCAGCACGCAAUGUCCAGGAAGCUGAGAAGUGGUACAAGAGCAAGUUUGACACCCUGAAAGAACAUGCUGGCAAGCAUGAAGAACAGAUGAAAUCCAUGAAAGAAGAGAUCUCCACCUUCCACAACCAGGUUACAGACCUGCAGAACCAAAUUGAUGGGCUGAGGGCUCGCAACGCAGCACUUGAGCAGCAGUUGGAGGAUAUGGAGGUGGCCCACAUGGAUAAGGUGGGGGGCCUAGAAAGUAUCAUUGCUCAGCUGGAGACUCAACUCUGCGAAACCAAGCUGGAAAUGACCAAGUAUCUCCAAGAUUACCAGGAACUGCUGCACAUUAAGCUCAAGCUUGAUGCAGAGAUCGCCACCUACAGGAAGCUGCUGGAAGGAGAGGAGCAGAGGCUUGGGAUUGCCAAAGAUGCCUGAAAAGCCAGAAUGAAACAAGCAGAUCGAAAGUGAAGCGGCACAACAUUGUUGAGCGACGAGAUCAGUUAUAAUUGAAAAUAUUCUUUCCCUAUCGCAUCCUUUUAGAGUCUGAGGUCUGCGUUAUUUAGUUUUUUUUAGGCUAGUACCUAGCACCCUAGUGUGCUGUUAUUAUGGGGCCACUACCAAAAUGAGAGAAACAUAAAGAUGUAUUCCUGUAAAAUCUUACAAAGCCAUGGUUCUUAAAUGUCAAAUACUAAGUAAACAUUAGCGGCUGCAAGAAUAAUUCUGAUAAAAGCAUAAAAACUUGCAGCUGCACAAGUAACAUAUUUUAUUGGGUAAUAAAAAUAUUAAGGUUUUAAUCCCUAUCCACACCCUGACCCCAUUAAAUCGUGGUGCGAUUACCUUUAUCUUUACCUAAUCUAACCCUUCCAUUCCUGUGUUUUGUCAGCCCACAGGCCUGUUUAGUUCUACUAUUUCUUUUCCCCAAGUUAAAUGUAUCUGUCCACUUUUCCUUCCAAUUCAACCCCACUGUAAUACAUUUCCUCCCCAUCUGUGUCACUUUCCUUUGCUAUAGCUGCUUACUUUUAGAAGGUCCUGCCACUUUUGAUCCACCUACUUCACAAAAAACAUAAAAUGCAGUAAAGCACUUCUGUUCUGCCAUGAUGCAUCACCUCAAAGCCAAACAAAUAGCCUUAGUAUUCUGACUGGUCUUCUGUUAUCAAUCCAAAGCCAAAUGUUUGAGGCAGAACAAUUUCCCAUUUACCAUAAUGUUGUCCAACUGAUACUUAAUAAAGAUUGAAGUGAGUGCAUAAAUAAUACUGCUUUGGUCAUUUUUUUCUCCUG